CAGAACCACACACACACACACACUCCAGGCAGAUACAAAUACACUCAACAACUCUACAAAACCUAUUCAGACAUCGCCUCCCACUCCAAUUACACACCCACCCCACCCCCCUCGGCCCCUGUAAAAUGAACUCACAAACCACAUGGAGAGCAAACACACAGAGGCUUACGAAGGCAGGAACUCACACCCUGAGACAGAGCAGCACAUCAGCAGAGAAACACACACACACACGCUGUGAAAAAGGAGAGCCAGGACUGAGCUGAGCUCAGAAGGACACGCAGUUCUAAGGAAAGGUCAUCGACCUGGAGGGUUAACGCUUUCUCUUUCCAGCCAGAUGCUGGCCAGACCCCGCUGAAUACCUCCAGCUCCUUGCCUUUGGACGGGAGCCGCUCGUUGCGGACACUGGGUUGAGUUCCGAAUAGAUCACUGGAAUUGGAAAGGUGCGCUGAAAGAGUGGAGACAUUUGUUUUGUUAACGCCAAGGGGGGAGGGCAGCUUUGGGGGUGACUGGGUGACGGAGACACACAGCUGGCCGGCAGUGAAGCAGGAGCAGCGCCUAGCUGCCUUCCCGGAGAGAAGCGGCAGUGAAGAGGGAGAGAGAGAAUCCAGCGGCUGGCCCAAUGCAGAGAGCUUCCCAGGGAAGGGGCUGAGGGAGUGCAGGCAGGACAGCUCUAGCUGGGCGGAUUCAGGAUGCCUGCUCCCGGGGACGGUGAAGCAGUCACUAUCACCCCUUCCCUGGUUAUCUACAUCGGUGUGGAGGUGCUGAUCGCUGUAGCCUCGGUGCUGGGCAAUGUGCUGGUCUGCUGGGCGGUCAGGAUUAACCGUGUCCUUAGAGACACCACCUUCAGCUUCAUCGUCUCGCUGGCUCUGGCUGAUAUCGCCGUGGGUUCCCUGGUCAUCCCCCUGGCCAUCACCAUCAGUAUCGGGCUCCACACUCACUUCUACAGCUGCCUGCUCUUCUCCUGUACCGUGCUGGUUCUCACCCAGAGCUCCAUCCUUGCGCUUCUCGCCAUCGCCAUCGACCGCUACCUCCGGGUCAGGAUCCCCACCAGCUAUAAGAGAACAGUUACACAGAAGAGAGCUGGGACUGCCGUUGUCCUGUGCUGGGUUAUAUCUAUAAUUGUUGGCAUGAUCCCGAUGUUCGGAUGGAACAAUUACACUGAAGCUACUCAAGAUGGGGCAAACUCGAGUCUUGUGAACAACAUGAUUGUGUGCCAGUUUGAGACAGUAAUCAGCAUGGACUACAUGGUCUACUUCAACUUUUUCGGGUGGGUGCUGCCACCUCUCGUGUUGAUCUUUGUCAUCUACGUGGAAAUAUUUAAUCUUAUUCGAAAGCAUCUAAAUCAAAAGGCAGUGUCAAUCAACAAUGCCGAUCCAAGCAGGUACUUUGGAAAGGAAUUGAAACUUGCCAAGUCGCUGGCUCUAGUGUUGCUUUUGUUUGCAAUAUGUUGGCUUCCUCUUCAUAUCAUCAACUGCAUCACACUAUUCUGUCCUUCGUGCGACAAACCAAUUAUUGUGAUGUACAUUGCCAUCUUUCUAACCCAUGCAAACUCUGCUGUAAACCCCAUAGUAUAUGCCUUCAGGAUAAAUAAGUUCCGGGUGACUUUUCUGAAGAUUUGGAGCCAGUACAUUUGGUGUAACAAAAAUCACAAUGCAAAUAAUUUAAGCAGAGAACAGUUAAGGGCUAUACGUGAACAGAAAAGUAUUAUGUAAUUUACUUCUUGACCUGAUACAAUUGGUGUGGAUAAACAAGUGCAAAAUUAUGAGUGAAGCUGAUUUUGAUACUUUGCUGCUGAGCUCAUUAAUGAUUCAAAUGUUGCGCACCAUUAUGGUGACCGUUCAAACUGAAUCCUCAGCUGCCACCUGACACCCUAGCAAAGAAUGUUUUAUUUCAGGAGUAGCUGGCAAAGUCUCUAUAAGUCUUCAAUUCUCCACUGUUUGCUCUGUUUUUUCUCUCCUUGUCAUGUUUACAUAUUGUCAGAUUUUAGCAAAGACACUAAAUCAGGAACAGGGUGACCCCUAGGUGAGAUACCUGGCUGCCAGAGUAAAGAGGCUGCCAGUCAGAAAGACUUCAAGUCAUCCUCAAUGGAGAAAGUCUUUCACUCCCAGGACUUGACUUCAAAGAUCUCACCUAAAAGGAAAUGAUUUCAAAGUUCCCAGAUAAACAAAUCCUUGCCAUAGCAACAUCAUUGCUCAAGUGCCAAGAUGGAAUAUUCCACGUGGACAGCAAACUUACACUGAAGGAUUCAAUCAUUUUAACAGGCCGAAAAUAUUUCUGAUCAAGACACUGACGUACUUAAAUGGACAAAAUUAAAACUGCUGCUUAAGACCUUCACCAUACAUCAUUUUACAGAAUGUGGGGACCUGAUAAUAUGCUUUACCAGCAAAUGGAUUUUAUAAAAUUGUGAAUGUACUUUUGCUGAUACCAGUGGUUUGUUUCACUGUAUUACUCUGUAAAAUAUAGCCAGCAGGCCUUACAUUUAGACUAAAACUGUUGAUGUGGUAUUUUAAUUAACAUUUUAAUCUGUAGCAGUUAUUUAGAAGGCAAAAAUCAUCAUUAUUGAUCUAAAAUUUGCACUAAGACAUUCAUAAACAUCAGCUGUGUUGAUUGCUCAUGCAGCUUAAUGCAAGUUUGUAAAGAGCAAGUUGUAUGUAAUGUUCUCUGUAUUUAGUCUGAACAUUUAUCUGCAUACAGAUGGUGUAAGCCAACAUACAAAUGAACAAUUUCUAUGUGUCAAAUAUAUGCUAUAUAAGGGUUACUGUUGAUACUAGUUAAUCAUGCGGAUCAAUCUAGUACCAUCAAUGAUUCAUAUUUAUGAAGGUGACUCCCAGUGACUAUUGGAUAUCGCUGAUCAAUAUUGUUCAUUCAAAUAGUAAUUAUGGAUUCAACUUCCAAUGUAAUCAAUAGUUCGUAUUUACAAUGAUUUUCUCCUUCGCAGUAAAUAACUUUUUCUUUUAGUUUCAGUUCUUUAUGUCAACCUCACAAUAAAGAUCUAUCUCAGCCAUUGCUUCUUAAGUGGAUGUACUGGAGUGCUGCCUACCUGUACACUUUUAGUAGAAGCUCCAAAUAUGGUAGAAUUAUUCUAUAGGAUUCUAGAGAUAAGUAGCUAUCAAUGCUACUUUUCACUAGAGAAUUACAGUCUUUAACUGGAGCAGUUUGAUUUUUAAAAAUUGCAUUACCUAU